AGACAGGCUGAGAGUACGCCAGACGGAGCAGACGAGGCAUAUUUCGAGCGCGCAUUAGGAGUGCGUAAAACCGCAGGAGCGCAUAGAUACAUAGUAACCGGUGAUAUUGCGUUGGAUAAUACGACUUUUGAGUCAAGUAGUUGUCGACUUUAACCCGUCUUCUAUCGGAAUAAGCCUUCGUGAAUUCAGCAGCCUUCAGUUUUCUGAAUGGACGCGCUGGGAAGCUUCUCCGGUGACAUGGAAAUGCGCGUUAUUGAGUGUGUAGCCGGAUGCUGAGGACGCCCGACUCGAUAAGUCAAUUUCAGCUUUCAUUUUGAGUUUUGAAAUCGCUUCUGUAACCGUCAACAACAUGGAGGGCGCGAGCUUUCAGCCCCAUCCCGGACUUCAGCAAACUCUGAAGCAGUUUCAUUUGAGUUCCAUGCGCUCUCUCGGCGGACCGGCAGCGUUCUCCGCUCGGUGGCACCAGGACUCACUCUUCGGUAAAGAUGGCAAAUCCACAGAGAUGAUGCUCACUCUGCCGGCUCAGACACCUCCGGUAAUGUCCGGACCACUUUUCAUCCCGUCUGACCGUUCCACUGAGAGGUGCGAGACUGUACUGGAGCGGGAGCCCAUCUCCUGCUUCGUUGUCGGCGGGGAGAAGCGGCUAUGCCUCCCACAGAUACUCAACAGCGUUCUUAGGGAUUUUUCCCUCCAGCAGAUCAACUCCGUGUGCGACGACCUACACAUCUACUGCUCCAGGUGCACGGCGGACCAGCUGGAGAUCCUCAAAGUGGUGGGCAUCCUGCCCUUCUCGGCUCCGUCCUGCGGGCUGAUCACACAGACGGAUGCUGAGCGCCUCUGUAAUGCCCUCAUCUACGGCGGUACGUACCCCCCUCACUGCAACAAGGAGUUAGGCUCCCUGGAGUUGGAGCGAACCGAGAAAAGCUUCAAAGUCUACCAUGAAUGUUUUGGCCGGUGUAAAGGCUUGUUUGUCCCAGAACUGUACACCGGCCCGAGUGCCGCCUGCAUCCAGUGCUUUGACUGCAGACUCAUGUUCCCCCCUCACAAGUUUGUGGUCCACAGUCACAAGAGACUGGAGAACCGGACUGUCCACUGGGGUUUCGACUCUGCUAACUGGAGGGCUUAUGUGCUGUUAGACCCGGACUACAUCGGGAAAGAGGAGAAGAGUCACCUGGAGCAGUUGCUUAAAGAGUUAAAAGGAAAAUAUGACCUGACGGGCAAGAGGUCCAGUAUAUCCUGCAGAUCGCCCAGCCCAGUCUCAGUCAAGAGGUCGAAAUUUGACAAACUACAUUCUCCACCAGCUGAAAAAGACAGGAAACCUGACUGGUUACAGUCGCUGUCUAAGUCUGCACACAAGGACCUGAAACAGGUCCAGCUGAAACAGAGGCCCUCUGCUUUCCGCCCCUGGUCUCCCAAAUUAGUAGAAAAAGAGAAACCAGCUACUCAGAAUGAGGUGGAGAGGUCCUACUCAAAGAGUCACGAGACUUUGGCAGCUCCCAAUCUGGCACUAGCUCCCCUGGCCCCUCCAGUCCAUCCCAGGGACAGCAAUGCUCCUAGCAGGGGUCCUAUAGCCAUUUCCAGGCCACCGCAGGAGCUAACUAAUGGAGAUGCACAUCCUGCAGUGAAACCAGCAGCCCCUUGUACCACCAACAGCCCCGAUGACAUGGACACAGACGGAGAGAUUGAUGUGGAUGACUGUGAUGAUCGUCCAGUACCAGCUCCCUCCAUGGCUUCUCCUCCAUCAGCAUCCAACAGUGUGUCACAGACUCUGACCCCCCAGAGCAUCACUCGACCGCAAGAGGGACCUACUUGGCUGUCGGGAAACCUUUGCCCUGAGAUGGAAACCCUCAGGCAGAUGCUGUAUGGAGGCAUGGAUACCAAAGAGGCCAGAGAAAAAGUCCUGCAGGAGAUUGUCAAAAUUAGAGUGAAACAGGAGGAGAAGCUGGCAUCCGCUGUUCAAGCUAAACGCAGCCUUCAGCAGGAAUUGGAGUUUGUGAGAGUGGCAAAGAAAGGCCGUCUUCGUGAGGCCAUUGAGGCCAAGCGCAACCUGCGAAAGGAGAUUGAACGCCUUCGUGUGGAUUGGGAGAGGAAGAUGAGGGACGCAGAAGAGUCUUGUGGACGGUUGAAGAGAGAGUUGGAGAGAGAGAGGCAGCUACGAGUUUGUGACAAGGGAUGUGAGGCUGAACGUCUCAGGGUGAAAUACUCAACUCAGAUUGAAGAGUUGCAUAUGCAGCUACAGCAGGCAGAGGCUGAUCGUGAGCAGCUGAGACAGGAGCUCCAGCAGGAGAGAGAAGCUCGACAGAGUCUUGAGAGUGUUGUUAAAGACCUGCAAACCCAGCUGGCCAUGCAGACCGACAGCAGCCACCCUGGAGACUCCGUGGAUGCAAACACAGACACACUAAGACAGACCACACAACACACUAAUGGAUCCUAAAGUUGCACAUUCACAGCUGGAGAAAGAGACUCAAUGAUAAGGAGCAUGGUUAAGGACUUUGUUGCACCUCCUGUUGGCGAAAAAGAUACUCAGCAAAAUGCUUUGUCAGUUAUCUGAAUCUGUCAUAUAUAAUAUGAUAUGAUAUAAAUCAAUAUUAUUAUGACAAUAUAUGAAUUUAAUGAAAUGAACUGGAAAGUAGCAUGAUGUCUGAGCAUGUUGUAGAGCGUAAUAUUAAGAAAGGCUUCUCCAGUGAUGAACUCAUCUCUCCAGUGACGUCAGAGCCCUCGGUUAGACACCUGACGCUGUCCAAGGAUAUUAUUUUGGUAUAAGCUAUUCUAAGAUGUGCAAAUAUAGCCACACAACACUACUUGAAUAUGAAGGGAAGAAACAUGUUGCGCCUGGUGAAACAUGAACAGAUAAUGAAACUCUUGGUGCCACAAAAUAUUGGUACUCUCAAAGGUGUCAUUGCAGACCACUGGAAUCAAGAGACACCAGUUUACCACUAUUUACUUUUAAUAUCAGCUUGCUUUUUAUAACUGUGUAGAAGAUGUACUUUUUAAGAAAUAUUGCUUGCGCAGCACUGUUAUUCCACAGGCAAGAAAAAAUCAUCCACAUACAGACAUGUACGCAUGUAUACCAGCUUGUCUACCUUUUGUAUUUUAUAAACCUGAAGUAUUGGAGGUUACGUGGGCUACCUUCAGGUACACCACUGUUUUAUGCUUAGAUAUUUUAUGGAAGUGUUACUUUUUAAUAUUAUGAUGCAACUUUAUUAGUUGUUUGAUCAUUGUUUUCCAGUAAUGUUUUUUUUUUUUUUCAACCGAACCAUGUGAUAAAUUGCAAAUAUUCUUGCCCACGUUAGUGCUGAAAAGUCUACAAAUGCCCUUCUUAAAGACAAAAAAAAAACUUCAAUAGAUUUCUGUUUUUUGUUAAAAUGCGGUACUUCUGAUUUUCUAUUGAGUAUUGUAAAAUAACUUAUAUUCUAUGAUAAUUUGCUGCCUAUCAAAAGAAAGCAUUCAUUUUUAGUCGCUGGUUUUAGGGCUCUUAAAUCAACAAAUGCUGUUUAUAUGAACAACAUUUCUACAUAUAUACAAAAUAUGGAUAUAUAUUUUUUUACUUAAAGAAAAGGAAUUGCACUUUUUAGAGAAAAGAACCUUGCAUUGUGCAUUGUACUCCCUGUUACAUUUUUCAAAACCCGAGUUGACAUGAACUUUGAAUUCAGACUCUCCCUCAGUAUCUUCUGAUGUAAAUACAAUGAUAUUGUAAAUAAGAUUCCUGUUGUUAUGUUUGCUUGCUCCAGACUUAAAUUGAUAAUGAAUAUUAUUUCUUGCUCUUACUUGAAACCAAAAAAGACUAUAUUUGGAGCUGCAAAGCUACAAUUUUACAUUGUAGUUGUAUCCCUGAGUAUUAUCGCAAUCACAGGGCAUUGAGCAGAAUGGAUGGGUGCUGGUAUAAUGACACCAUCAUAGGUCAUGACCCUGACCUAUUACUAGUGUUUCUAGGUAUGAAACCCUGACAUAAUAUUAUUAUUUGUCCCUUGAUUUUGUUUAUUUGAGAGGAUCUUUAUUAUUUGAUGAAAUAUAGAUUAUAUAUUACACCACAGACCAAAAACUUAAAAAUGAAUUUAAAUAUCUGCACCUCCAGUUCCCUCCCCUUGAUGGAUAGAGCAGAAAUGACACCUUCUCAUGGUUUCAACCUUAGGUGCUCUCAUUUAUUUUAGACAAGAAACACUUUUAUGUCUUAUCAUCAUGAUACCCUCACUCAGUAUUUGUUGGGUACAGUGUAAUAGCAAUAUCCAUUUUGUUAGCUGAUGCUGUUGUAGUUUUGGUUUGGAAGUGGGAGUUCACUUGCCUCUUGUUUCAAUGUUUUCUUUUCCUUUGGAAAACUUGUAUAAUAACCAUUAAAAUCAAAUCAACCCUA